AUGAUGCAGUCUGCUAUGGAGUCCUCGGCCAACGUGUUCAUUCCUCUCUCAAGCUUACUGGAGAUAGCAUAUAGACCUAUACUCAGGUGUGCCCAGCUCAAAGAUGGCACGGAGCCUUGCUCCAACAAAAUCGCAGGAGCCAACCUGGAACCCGUGAAAGGAUAUUUUAGGCAAUUAUUUGCCAUCCUUGAUGAACCUGACAGCAAGUUUCAUGACAAAGAUGGAUUAUUCGAUAAGGUCCUCGCGGAAUUGAUCGACAGAUGCCUUUGCGCGCGUCGGCACCGCCAAAAUUCCGACGACGCAAAGAGCCAAUGGUUAAAGGAGCUGUACAAUGAUGAAAAGAGAGACCAACUGCAUUCCAAGCUGCAAUCCUAUCUUUCCGAGUCCUUGGAGGAAGACUCGAUCAUUUCUACACCACCACCGGCAACAGAGUUUGAACUCUGCAAUUCCAAGAACUCACCCAUUGACAAAUACGAAGUGCAACUAAAUGUGACUUGUAAAUUGCUCGAGCCCCUCACAGAAAACGACAAAAAGUCCGGGUUCAUCUAUCUCAUCUCUCACCCUCGAGAACCGGAAAUGUUCAAAGUCGGACACACCGCAGAUAUCGAGGCGCGUUUUGGCAAACACAAACGGUGCUAUGAAGAGUUCACCACAUUGAAGAAAGACCACAUACCCAACGUCCAUCGCAUUGAGCAACUCAUCAUUACCGAAUUCUCCCUGAAGCAUUACAAACUCAAACAAAAAUGCAAACGAUGCGAUACGAGUCAUAAGGAAUGGCUCCAAGUCAGCCAAGCAAAGCUGGUUAACAGUUUCAACAAAUGGGUCAAAUUUGCCAAAGCCGAUAAGAGACCUUACGACGAGAAUGGUCGUUUCAAGUCCAGGACCGUUGCGUUACCAUAUCCUGCUAUGGAUUUCAAGCCAACGUCAACUCCAAAAAAAGGUACACCUCGACGAUCAGAUGUGACCCCGUCACAGGAAGCGUCACCUUCUAAGCCUGAUCCUUCUAAGUCUUAUGUAAGGAUUAUUCAAGAAGAACUUUCCGGCGAGAGCUCCGACGAGAGCGCGCCCCGUCCUGUUUAUAACGAGGCGGACCACUCAAGCCUCGUCUCGAAUCUUUCCGAUCGUCUUGCUGCUGCUCGUGUGGGGUAA